AACAGUAUUGCGAUCAUUGAUCAUCACGUUCAAAUGUUUUGGUUACGUUGAACUUCCUCUGCACUCGCAGCAUGCCAUCUACCCUAUCCCGAGUACUCAUAGACACGCUGCAGCCACUCUUCUCUGGCUUGAGACUGGCUCUUGAGCAGAAUCCGAUGUAUCUCUCGGCGUUCUUGCCUUUAUUGCACCCUGAGGACAUGCCUGAGCGUUACGAUCCUAGUACUAGGGGUCUCGGGACUUUCUCAGAAGCAGACAUGCUCUCGCUGCUAACACGUCUGCGCAAUGUAUUCCCCGAUGUAGCCGUAUCUACGCUAAGCAAGUGGUGCUACUCAAAGGCGAUAUAUUACAUGUUCGAUCUACCCCGUUUCUUCGAACUGCAUGGCCGAUUGGCAACCGCGCUCAGUAUGCGACAAACCGAUCACAAUCGUUAUCGCCUUCGUUUCGUCAUCACUGUCGUUAUCUUGCAUUUCCUGGGACAUGCCAUCCUUGGUUCCGUGGAAAGAGGUUAUACCCAGAUGAAGACCAGCAAUGACUUCCCGUAUCAUAAUUGCUUGUCUCAAUCUUUACAAAGAAUGAUUCCCGAACCUGGAUACCUGGUUGAGGAAGCUUUGUUUGGUGGUAUCAUUGGUAUAGUUUUUCGAGAGGAAAGAGAUGAUGGGCGUCCGCCACGAUUCCUGCAAUCCGAUUUUACCAGAAUCGAUUACUUGUUCCUUCACUGUCGUAACGGGUCCACCUACGAAUUAGAUCCUGCAGACCUUCACGAUCGUAUCACUAACUGGCGUUUAACGCGCUUUGAUACUUCGUCCUUGCGCCAGAUCUCACUGCCUCGGAGAAUCAGGGAGAGGACUUGCGCAUUUUACAAUGGUGACCAUCUUGCAGUAAAGUUCCCCGGUGAUGGUGGCGAGCUACCACCUAAAGGUGUAUAAGCCUCUCCUGCAGACACACAUUUGGCGGGGUCGGUGGUUGAGAUUAAUAGCUCGAUCCGUUUGGUCAAGUUUUGUUGUUUUCAGUUGUACGUCUUUCGCCUAAGACCUCGCUACAAUCAUUGUAUGAUUACCGUCCUAGUAUACUUUAGAGACUGCAAGUCUAAUCAUCGGACUAUCUAAGUAAAUCUACCUCCGUAGUAUUAUUCCCGGCACUGGUUGUAGGCAGAGUCUCGGCCCCGUUUACGACGUUAACGCCCACGAGUAUAAAUUAGGAAUUAAACACACUGCAUAAGCUACUGCUACC